UAUAAAGCUGGUUCUCUCCGGGUGGGGACAUUCCCGGAGUCUGUCCUCCACCAGCAUGUCCCCUUCCCUCUGGCUGCACUGGAUACUGGUACAGAUGUGGAUAGCGCACGCUGCGUCCCAGACUGUCGUGCGAGGGGUGACGGGGCAGUCCGUCACGCUACCCUGCUUCUACCACGUUGCAAGAGCGAGUGACGUCACCGCCAUGUGCUGGGGCCGGGGCAGGUGUCCAAAUUCGAAGUGCAGCAAUGAGAUUGUCCGUACUGAUGGGCUGAGGGUCAUCUCUUCGAAGUCUGUGAGAUACCAGCUAACGAAUCGCCUGGGCAUCGGGGACGUGUCUCUGACCGUAAGGAACGUGAACGAAGGAGACAGGGGAAUAUACUGCUGCCGUGUAGAGGUCCCCGGUUGGUUCAAUGACAUCAAACGAAACCUGGAGUUGAAGGUCGAGAGAGCAGUCACAACUCCUCGUCGUCCUCCUCAUCCUCUUCCUCCUCCUCCUCGUCCUCCACCGACAACAGCCCCGGUUCCUGCAGCAGUGACAACCCACCCAGCAAUGCCUCCGGCCUUCCCAACGGACCCGGCUCUCCCAGAUACGACUCUUGCUCCCCAGACGACUGCUUUGGAGACGACCGAUGCCUGGCCGGGACGCUACGGCGUGACAGAGUUCGAUCGCACUUUGGGCUCGAUCACAACUCCUCCUCCUCCUCGACCUCCAACAACAACAGCCCCGGUUCCUGCAGCAGUGACAACCCACCCAGCAAUGCCUCCGGCCUUCCCAAUGGACCCGGCUCUCCCAGAUACGACUCUUGGUCCCCAGACGACUGCUUUGGAGACAACCGAUGCCUGGCCGGGAUGCUACGGCGUGACAGAGCUCGAUCGCACUUUGGGCUCGAUCACAACUCCUCCUCCUCCUCGACCUCCAACAACAACAGCCCCGGUUCCCGCAGUGGUGACAACCCACCCAGCAAUGCCUCCGGCCUUCCCAACGGGCCCGACUUUCCUGGAUACCACUCUUCCUCCCCAGACGACUGCUUUGGAGACAACCGAUGCCUGGCCGGGAUGCUACGGCGUGACAGAGCUCGAUCGCACUUUGGGCUGUAGGUCGAUCCUCCUCGACCUCCAACAACAACAGCCCCGGUUCCCGCAGUGGUGA